AUGUCGUACGAAGGCAGCUCUUCGCUCUCUGUGCACCACGAGACGCCCAGUUUCAUAGAGUUGGAUCCCAUCAAUGCGCUUCACCGCGCCAAAUUGGAAGCUGAUCCGGAUGCGGAAGAGAGCAUCUGCACGGAUGACGAGCUUUUGCAAAUCGUUCGAGCUGCUAAGCGUGUUGGAAAGUGUGAUGGACAUGCCGUCUUGAUGGGCACGACGUUGGAGGGUCAGUGGAUCGACACGCGAGUACCUGCUCGUAUCCCACACUCUUAUCACUCUUCUGCAAAGUACGAGAGCGACGCUGAACGCUGUGAGUAUCGCUCCGAAGCCUUUGGAUCGCGCGAGAGAGGAGAGCAUGUCUCAGGAUGCGGGUGGGAUGGCAUUGCGAUGGGACGGGAUGCGUGAGGCCUCCUUUUAGCCGGCAGUGCUGACGCGACUCCCUCACCUCUCCUCUCCUCACAGCUUCUGCUCGCACUGCCGAGUACGAUGCUUCUCCGACGGAGACCAUGGGAUCUUCUUACUCUACCGAGGCUACGAGUCAGGCUACCAACAGUCAUCGCUCUGCCGCUAGCGGAACGCUUCACAAGGUGGCCGCUCUUCACCAGCAGCAGCGUUGCGAUUCUUCUCAACAGUGA